CUGUAGGCCGGUGGAGGGAGGGAAGGAGGGAGGAGCUGCCGCCGCCGCCGCUGCCGAGUGUGUGUGAGGGAGAGCCUGUAUGAGUGUGUGGUGAAAGAUGGCGGCCCCUGCCCUGAGCAGCAGGGCUGGAUCUCUCAGCAGCCUGGGCAGCAGCCCCACCGCGACCCCCAACAGCAGCGUGUCCAGGCCGGCCUGCUCUCCGGAGCUGGACUUCAGGUCCGGCUCGAGGAUGGACGAACUGAACCGGCUCAUCCAGGAAUUCAGCAAACACGACCAGCGCGAGUACGACGACCAGAGGGCUCUGGAGAUCCACACGGCCAAGGACUUCAUCUUCUCCAUGCUGGGUAUGGUGCAGAAGCUUGACCAGAAGUUGCCUGUUGCCAACGAGUACUUGCUCCUGUCGGGCGGAGUUAGAGAUGGCGUUGUGGACAUGGAUCUGGAUGAGCUGGGAGUAUACAAUCGUGGUUCUGACUAUGACAUGGCCUUCACCCUGCUGGUCCCUGCUCUGAAGCUGCAUGACCGUAACCAGCCAGUCACGCUGGAUAUGCGUCACUCGGCACUGGGGCACUCUUGGCUAAGCUUGCGCCUGUUUGAUGAAGGUACCAUCGCUCGCUGGAGGGACUGCUGCACGCUGGCCGACCACCUCAAUGGAACUACCAACUACUUCUUCUCUCCCACUCUGGUGGCUGAUUGGUUCCAGGAGGCAGUUGCAUUAGUGCUGGCCGAGGUUCAGCGCAAGCCACAGCGGGGUACCCCAAGGGUCGAGCGCGUGGAGCGCCACAGCACCUUACUCUCCAUGAUUCUGGGAGUGGGCAGCAGCCGCAUGCUCUACGACAUCGUACCGGUCGUGUCGUUCAAAGGUUGGCCAGCAGUCGCCCAAAGCUGGUUGAUGGAGAACCACUUCUGGGAUGGGAAGAUCACAGAGGAAGAGGUGAUCAGUGGCUUCUACCUCCUUCCUGCUUGCUCAGCUUCCGGUCGAAGGGAGAACGAGUGGCGUCUUUCCUUUGCCCGUAGCGAGGUUCAGUUGAAGAAAUGCAUCUCUCCAGGCCUCAUGCAAGCAUUCCAAGCCUGUAAGGCCAUUAUUGUCAAAUUGCUGGGUCAGCCCUCUUCUGUCAGCCCCUACCACUUGCGCAGCAUCAUGCUAUGGGCUUGUGAUCGCCUGCCAGCGACUUACCUUGCGCAAGAGGACUUUGCUGCCCACUUCUUGCUGGGCCUCAUCGAUGACCUACAGCACUGCCUGGUCAACAAGACCUGCCCCAACUAUUUCAUUCCACAGUGCAACAUGUUGGAGCACCUAUGCGAUGAGACCUCCAUGUUCUAUGCCCGCAAACUUGCCCUGGUGCGUUCUGAUCCGGCUGAGCAUUUGCGCUCCACCAUCGAUCAGGCCAAGGCUGCCAACCGCCUAACACAAGAGAUGCAACGGCGUGGGAGUUCUUCUGGGCUUCCCUCGCCACAAACAGACCCUUCUUCCACAGACCACCAGCAGCCUGAUGACCGACUCGCCAAGAAGCUCCAACAGCUGGUCACUGAGAACCCAGGCAAGUCCAUCUCUGUGUUCAUCAACCCAGACGACGUAUCACGACCACACUUCCGCAUCGAUGACAAGUUUUUCUGAGAGGUCCUUCACCCCGUAUGCCUAAGGAGUCUUUGGAAGACUGUACUGCUAUAAAAUGGAAAGCUAAACCUGCCCAUUACACUGAGCUGCUGAGAGGCUAUGCUCCAGUGCUGUAGAAUGUCCUUUGGGAGAGACUCUGAGUGAAAGUGGGGUAGGAACCAAGUGUUUUUCCGGGGAUAGAGAACACUUAGCAGUUUUUGGGUAGCUAUACUUGGACAUGCAGAAGUGCUGUGCACAGCCCAGUGCAUUCUACAUGAAGACGGCUUCUUUUUUGCAGUGAACUGCUGCAGCGUCUGGAAACAUGGUACGUCCUCGAUGAUUGUGAAUUCUGAACAGCACUGAAAACUAACACUAGAAUCAGAUGGUUUUCCUGUGUUUCUCCUAGAUAAUACUUCAAAUGCUUUUCAUCACGUUCUUGUGUUUCUUUUAUCUAUAAACAACUGUACAAAAAAACAACUUUUUCUGUAGUGAGAUAAUGACAUGUCAAAGAAAGCCAAAACCUUUUAUAUCUGGCUAAUGGAUAACACUCAAAUAUUCUUAAGUGCAAUUAUUGAAAUGUUCAGUUAUACCCAGUUAGAGCAAGAUGCUUUUAUAUUGGCCGAGUUGUGUUUUCUCCAACUGAAAGAACAUGUAUGGUAGGAUUGUUUCCACUUUUAAAUUUGUCUUCUGUAUGAGGCCACAUGCUGCUGCUAUUGAGAAUGAAUGGAAAUCCAAUCUUAUUGGUUCAAAUUGCUGCUUAUAGCUACCACUAGCCACUGUAAAGCCAUCAUAUCAAAAAGACCCAUUGAUUCAACAUAAUUUUACUAUGGCUUUAGUCAUUUACAUCAAACCUUCAAGAGAAGUUCCCCUUCACCUGUGUUGUAUCGUCUGUAAAUAAAGAAUUGUGUAUGUAUUUAAA